GAAGUAGUAUUUUUUCUUCAGUGUCCUUGUAUGCCCGCACCUUCCAAACGAGAGAGAAGCACCGCUAGCUCAACAUGUACAGACAUCUUCUGGCCCUCCGUCACGUCACCAGGCGGACGAUCAGCAGCAGCGCACGCCGACAGGUGGAGAACAAGGUCCCCGAGAAGCAGAGGUUAUUCCAGGAGGACAAUGGGAUGCCGAUUCACUUGAAAGGAGGAGUUAGUGACGCUCUUCUUUACAGGUUGACCAUGGUGCUCACCGUCCUAGGAAGCGGUUAUGUGGUAUACGAGCUGGUUAAUGCAGCAAUGCCAAAGAAGAAUGAUUGAGUUCCUGCUCCUGUCCCUGUUCAUCUCCUGAAGAAUCUGUUAAGCAUCAGGGAGCGUGUUUGUUGUGUCAUUAUGGCAUUUUUCCACAACAAUGGGAUCAAUAUUUAUUGAUUGUACUGUAUCCAAACUACAGAAAACAAUAAAUGCUGC